AUGGGCAAAGAGAAGACCCACAUCAACAUUGUGGUUAUUGGCCAUGUGGAUUCCGGCAAGUCCACAACAACAGGGCAUCUCAUCUACAAAUGUGGAGGCAUUGACAAGAGGACCAUCGACCGGUUUGAGAAGGAGGCCUCAGAGGUGGGCAAAGGCUCCUUCAAAUAUGCCUGGGUUCUGGACAAGCUGAAAGCAGAGCGGGAACGUGGUAUCACCAUUGACAUCUCCCUGUGGAAGUUUGAGACCAAGAAAUACUACAUCACCAUCAUUGAUGCCCCAGGUCACCGUGACUUCAUCAAGAACAUGAUCACAGGCACCUCACAGGCAGACUGCGCUGUGCUGAUUGUGGCAAGUGGUGUAGGUGAGUUUGAGUCUGGCAUCUCCAAGAAUGGGCAGACCCGUGAGCACGUGCUGCUGGCAUAUACACUGGGCGUGAAGCAGCUCAUCGUGGCAGUCAAUAAGAUGGACAUCACGGAGCCUCCUUACAGUAGUGCACGCUUUGAGGAGAUCAGCAAGGAGGUGAAGGCCUAUAUCAAGAAGAUCGGUUACAACUCUGAGGCUGUCGCCUUUGUGCCCAUCUCAGGCUGGCAUGGGGACAACAUGAUAGAACCAAGCACCAAGAUGUCCUGGUUUAAAGGCUGGAAGAUCACCAGGAAGGAAGGAAACAUAGUAGGUAUGACACUGCUAGAAGCACUGGACUCCAUCAUGCCCCCUGCCCGUCCUAUGGACAAGCCCCUGAGGCUGCCUCUGCAGGAUGUGUAUAAGAUUGGGGGCAUUGGCACCGUGCCUGUGGGCCGGGUGGAAACAGGCUACCUCAAACCAGGCAUGGUGGUGAACUUUGCCCCCUGCAACAUCACCACAGAGGUCAAGUCUGUAGAGAUGCACCACGAGGCCCUGGCUGAGGCCUUGCCUGGAGACAAUGUGGGCUUUAAUGUGAAGAAUGUGUCAGUGAAGGACAUCAGGCGAGGCUACGUGGCAGGAGACAGCAAGAAUGAUCCGCCCUUAGAAGUGGCGAGCUUCAUCUCCCAGGUGAUCAUUCUCAACCACCCUGGCAGCAUUGCAGUUGGCUACUCACCAGUUCUGGACUGCCACACGGCCCACAUUGCCUGCAAGUUUGCAGAACUCAGGGAGAAGAUUGACCGGCGCUCAGGCAAGAAGCUGGAAGACCAUCCCAAAGCCCUAAAGUCUGGGGACUCCGCCAUUGUUCAGAUGAUUCCACGAAAGCCCAUGUGUGUGGAAAGCUUCUCAGAGUAUCCGCCCCUUGGCCGCUUUGCUGUUCGUGACAUGAGGCAGACAGUGGCUGUUGGGGUCAUCAAGGCUGUGGAGAAAAAAGCAGCGACUGGUGGCAAAAUCACCAAGUCUGCCACGAAGGCAGCCAAGAAGUGAGUGGUGACGACUACUUUAGACCUUUCCAGGAGAGGGCAGCCCAG